AUGGUCUGGGCUGCGCUGGCGGUGCCUGUGUGCUGCGAGCGGCCGCGUAAACAUGGAGCUCUCGGCCGUCGGGGAGCGCGUCUUCGCGGCCGAGGCCCUGCUCAAGCGCCGCAUCCGCAAAGGGCGCAUGGAGUAUCUCGUAAAAUGGAAGGGCUGGUCUCAGAAGUACAGCACUUGGGAACCCGAGGAGAACAUCCUGGAUGCCCGGCUGCUCGCAGCCUUUGAGGAGAGCUUUGUUUUUUUUAACACCUCUAGGGAGCGAGAAAUGGAACUCUAUGGGCCCAAAAAGCGAGGCCCCAAGCCCAAAACCUUCCUGCUAAAGGCCCAGGCAAAGGCAAAAGCCAAAACGUAUGAAUUCCGCAGCGACUCCUCCAGAGGGAUCCGGGUGCCGUAUCCCGGCAGGUCGCCCCAGGAGCUGGGCUCCACGUCCCGGGCCCGGGAAGGACUGAGAAACAUAGCCCUGGCUCCCCAGGGCAGCUCCAGCACCAGCACCCCCAAGGCGGACGGCAUCCGGGACCGCGUGAUCCGCGUGGAGGAGAAACCUGGGGAGACCCCCAAAAAGAGAGGCCCGAAGCCCAGGAAGGAGCUUUACAAGGACCUGGCGGAGACUCUGGAUGCCUCCAAGAGGAAACUGGGGGACCCAGGGGACAAGGUGGGGGACUACCUGAAGGCCAGGAAGAUGGAGGAGGCGGCGGCGGGGGCGGCCAAGUUCAGCUCGGGACACAGCGUCAUCCAGCUGGCCCGGCGGCAGGACCCCGACCUCCCCGGAGCCCUGCCCGGCCCCAACCGAGCCGAGGUGGGUGCCAAACUGGGGGCCGCCGAGACCUACCCCCCGCGGCUGGCCAAGCACCGCGCGGACUUUCUGGACCCCAAGGGGCAGGGGGGCCUGGACCCCGGCGGGCCCAAGCUCCUGCACAGCGCGGUGAGCUCGGGCGCCGUGGGCAGCCUGUACCGCGACGGCGUGGGGGGCCAGGCGGGGCGACCCUCCCUCAUCGCCAGGAUCCCCGUCUCCAGGAUCCUGGGGGACCCUGAGGAGGAGUCCUGGAGCCCCUCUCUCAACAACCUGGAGAAGGUGGUGGUAACUGACGUGACCUCUAACUUUUUGACCGUCACCAUCAAGGAGAGCAGCACGGACCAAGGAUUCUUUAAAGAGAAACGAUGAGUUUGGCGGAGGUGGUGCUGGGCUUUUCCUCGGUCAGAUCCAGACAAAAGCUUGGGUAGAGCUUCGUGGGCCUCUUUUACUUUUCUUUUUUUUUUUCCUUUUUUUUCCUUUUUUUUUUUCCUUUUCUUUUUGGGUUUUUUUUGUGUCCUGGAGAGGAUUUAGAAACUGUCCUAAAUUCAGUAACUCAUCCUUUCUUUUUGUUUCACGUCUCACAUUUGGUUGGAAAGAUUAUCUCUAGAGUUAUAUUUUCUAUUAGAUGUAAAUAUGUUAUUUAAGAAAAAAAAAUGCUUAUAUAUAUCUAUAUAUAUAUAUUUCAACUCUGAGUUGUUUUAUUUAAAUGGAGACAACAGUGACUGCUCAGUUGCUCUUAGAAAGGACAAUAAAACUGAGAACUGAGGGAGUUGAUGCAUCUCUUGCAGGAGCCGCUGUACAUAAGGACCGAUGUUCAUAGCUAAUUAUGGCCUGGGUUUUUUUAACUAUUAUUUUUCAUAAGAUGCUGUGGAUGGUGGAGGGAGAAGCGUUGCUCCCUCGGAGGGCAGAGCGCCCUGAUUUCUUGAUUGUGAUAUAAGGUGUUGCUUGUACAAUCCAGUGUGCUGUCUCCAGGACUGUUGCCCUUGACAGUUGAAGUGAGCACUUGAAUUUACAGUAUUGUUGGGGAGGGGACGUUUCCAGUCUAACAAAAAGUAACGUUGCUGCAACGUCGGGGCGGGGAAAAGCAGAAACCCAUCAAAAGGCUAAAACUGUUCUCACAGAGUAUUAACUUGAAUUCCCUUCCCCUGCGAAGGAAGAGGAGGUUUGUGUGUGAAAGGUUCCUGAGAGGGGUGAUACUGAAAUGCACUUUAAUAGAGUUGUCGUAGCAGUUGUGGGAGAUGGGACUGAGCUGAGAAUCUGUUUUCAUUUUGUCUGGUUGCUUGAUUCUGUUCCCCCACCCACUUAAAAAAAAAAUCCAAGGAUAAAACCCCUCUGUUUACAUUCCUGAAAUGCCAGAGAGGUUGGGGAGGGUAGCACAGUGCUGCCCAUAUUUAGAUGCUUUAUACCACUAUAGAAAGUGGAUUAUUAGUUUAUUUUGAUUUCUCAAACACAGUUGACUUCAGCCUGGUGGAAGACUCCAGAUCAAGUGUUUUGUAAUAUCCACAUCUCUGACAAAUCCCAGAGCCACCUUGCUGCAUUCAGAGACGAUAUUUCCCAUUUCAUAGGCUAGUUAAACAAUAGCCAAGAGGUGAAAUAUUGCAUUGGGUGAGCAGCCCUGCUGCCCUGAGGGGCUUCGUGUGCUCCCCGUGCCUCUGGUCUCUGCUGGUUGUGCAGGACCCGGCUCUUCUCCCCAGCCAGGGCAGGGCACGGCUGCCUUCGUGGCUCUGAGCAAAGUGCAGCAGUUUCACUCUCCCCGAGGUGCCAGGGGGGAGGCACAGGCGCUGCAGCCCCCCACUUUGCUCCCUCCUCCCCAGCUCGGUUGCAGCCUGGCCCCGCUGGGGAGUGGGACCUUUGCCCAGGGGGUGAUUUUGGCUGAGGUGGAGCUGGUGGGACUGGCCCCAUUCUGUGGUCUGGGCAUCUCUCUGGUUUGGAAAGCACAAGUUUGGUGGUGGUUGAGGGAUGGGGCUGGGCCAGGUCCCUCUCAUCCCUCCUCACCACCUGCCCCAGCUGAUAGACCCAAGUUUGGGGGGUUAUGCAGGAGGUGACAGCAGUGGGGGCCUGACAUGUGGGGAAGGGGCUGUGGCGAGGAGCAGCCUCUGCUGUUGGUCCCAUCUGCAGCUCCACCUUGCUUGGCCCCUUCCCCAUCCUUCUUCUGGGAGCUCUGCUGGGUAGCCCAGCAGGAGGGGGCUAUAUUGACUGUACAAAGGGGGCCAUGUCUGUGAGUUCUGUUACUUUUGUUUGUUUUCUAAGACAGAUUUUGUAGAAGUGAGAUCCUUUUUUUUUCUGACUUGGUUUGUACGAAGAACCAGGGUGGUGGUUUCUGAGCUGGGGCUGGGGGCAGGUGCCACAGGACACGUGUGUGUCAGAGGGAUGCUGAAGGGAGUGAGCAGCCUGUCCUCCCUCUGCUGCUGGGCUGAGACCAGAGGAUGCUCUUUGCCAGAGAGCCCAGCCCUGUGCUCCUGCCCUGCUGGGAUAUGCAGGGUGUGCUCCGCUCCAGCCCCCUGGAUGUGUCCUGACACAUGUAUAUGGAGCAAAACAUACAUGUGGGUGUAUAUGUGUGUGUGUACAUAGUGACGUAUAUACUGAGUGUGUGUGCGUGGGGGGGUGUGUGUGUGAAUUAUUUAAAUCUAAGACUUGUACAAAAAUGAUUUGGCUAAAUCUCAGUCUCAGAAGUGAAGCUUAACUACGUGUCUUCUGCCAGCCGUGAAUGUCCAUAUGAGACCUGCUUUUUAUGUCAGUUUAAAUAUAUACUUUGUAAAUAGAA